UUUGCCACUAGGCUCGACGUUAGCGUUAUACAAGUGCGCUCUACGCCUGUUGUGAAGAGUGGUAUUCUUUGUAGUAUUAUCACUCCCACGGGCCUUGAGAUCCCUAGACCGCGUCGCUGGCUUUCUGGAGUUUAGUCGUGGUUACCGGAAACUUUGACAACUUUCCGCCAGGGCGCUCGGAUAGGAAGGAUAGUACUGUCUUUGAUCUAGUGGGAUAUAUCGCAGGACGGGGAUUCAACGUUUACUCGUCUACCUGGCCCUGGGAUUUGUUUAUACCAAGACUGGCAACAAGGUGCAAGACGUUACGCAACGUUUGGAAGUAGCCGACUCUCUGGAUUUCGGCACCCGCGAAAGCCUAAAUGGCGCAGAGGUUCGAGAAUGACCUCUCCCACUACGGAAACAUGGAUGGGUCGGGGAUGUACGGAGACCCCCACAGGUCUCUGUCGAACCACCCUCUCACGCACAGCGGCGCCAACCUUAAUCACGGCCCGUCCCCCAUCCAUCAGUACCCCCCGUACACGUCGAGUUCGGCCAUGUCGGGGGUGAUGUCGACGACGCAAGACAGUCAGAUGAAGAGGGACAAAGACUCCCUGUACUCGCACCCGUUAUUUCCACUAUUAGCGUUAAUAUUUGAAAAAUGCGAGCUAGCCACGUGCACCCCCAGGGAACCGGGCGUGGCAGGUGGCGACGUGUGUUCGUCGGAGUCUUUCAAUGAAGAUAUAGCAGUCUUUAGCAAACAAGUCCUCGCAAGAUCGGAGAAGCCAUUAUUUUCAGCUAACCACGAGUUGGACAGUUUGAUGAUUCAAGCUAUACAAGUGUUACGUUUUCAUCUUUUGGAGUUAGAAAAGGUGCACGAACUAUGUGACAAUUUUUGCCAUCGUUAUAUCAGUUGUUUGAAAGGCAAAAUGCCUAUAGACCUAGUAAUAGACGAUAGAGAUGGUACCAACACAUGUUCGGGAACUUCAAAAUCUUCAACAACGACUUCUUUAACUGAAAACCAAACGGAACAUAUUUCAGAAAAUAGUCAAGAUCAGAGACCGCCAUCACAAACUCUGAAUUAUAGUCAACAGGAUGACACGCAGUCUUCGCGAUCCGGGGACACUCCAGUACCUGCUAGUCAACCAAAUACUAACUUAUCGGUGAACACUGAAAACAACAGUGAAUCAGGUGAUGGUCUCGACAACAGCAUUGGUUCAGGGGAGGGCACGGAGGGGGAGGAUGAUGGGACAGGGGAGAGGAAUCCCAACAAGAGACAGAAAAAGCGAGGAAUAUUUCCCAAAGUAGCAACAAAUAUCAUGCGUGCUUGGCUCUUCCAGCAUUUAUCACAUCCAUACCCAUCAGAAGAACAGAAAAAGCAGUUAGCACAAGAUACUGGCCUGACUAUCUUACAAGUCAACAACUGGUUCAUUAAUGCUAGGCGAAGAAUUGUGCAGCCAAUGAUUGACCAAUCAAAUAGAGCAGGCAAGUCUCAGCUAGUAACAGUGUUCAAAAAUAGGAGGCGUAAGUCGUCAUCGACAGAUAAUCUCGGCCUUUCACCAGGUCCUGGUGCUCACUCGGCUUACAGCCCUGAUGCCAGCAUGGGUUACAUGGAUGGACAGCAUAUGCAGAUGGGUGCACACAGACUUCCGGGCAUGCACACUGCUGACAUGUACGACCCGAUGAAGGCUGGCUACUCACAUCUGACGGACGGGACCCAGCGCUACGACAUGUUGGGGGGCAUGCACAGGACUGACAUGUACGGGGCCGUGCCCCCGGUAUCCGGAUCCUAUGCACAAAUGUCACAGUUUUCUCCCCCCGUUCACUCGCAGGCCAUGCUGAUUCCGGGCCACCCGCAUCACAUGAUGAUGGGCCACGCGGCCACCGGCAUGGGCCACCACGGCAUGUCGGCAACGCAGAGCCCGCCACUGCACGCAAGUAUGGAUGGGAUGGGACAGCAUAUACAGGACAUUCACGCCGGCUAAUGGAGCACCAGUUCCAGCCUGGAAACAAGCAACAACAAAAAAAUAAAGUAUUCUAUUUGGUGCAGCAUAUGCUGAAGCAUGGUUUCGGCUCCAGUUAUAAACAUUGCUGGCAGGACCGACCCCCUCCUCGAAAAAACUAAACAAACAAAAAAAAAACGAAGAGAAGAGCUAGCAGGGACUGUAAUGUGACAAUUGGGUACAUGUACAACUUUGUUGGGAAUAUAAUUCUCACGGCCGACUCAUGACUUUUAAACAUUGUACAUCAAGAUUUUGUAGAAAAACCUUUUAAUCGAGCGGCUCAUCGUUGUAAUAAUAAUGUGUGCCAGAUGACCUAGUCACCUAUGUUGUUGUUAGACAUUUUGUUAACUGAUAAUGGUGGUUACUGCAUUGUCCCUAAUAGUAUAGACAUCAGAAAUGCCACAGUUGUCAUGGCAACAGUGGCGGUGGCAUCAAUGGUGGAACUGAGCUAAUGGUUGGUGUUCUCAGUAUUUUAGCGACAUUUUUUAUUUUAAAAAAUAUAAAAAAUGAACUGUUGUGACACUUCUAGCGAUAUACAAGACCUCACGAUGACAGAGAUAAUGGUCAUGUAGUAGACGCAGCACUAGGAGACAAUGAUGAUGUUGCUAAUCUGCAGUGAAGAUGCCACAGUUUCUGAAGGACACACACAGUGUUACAAUACUGGUGAUGCUCACUGCACUGAUGAAGGAAAUAACGAAGACAGUGCAUGAUUACCGUGUUUGUCAUCAGAACCAUGCCACCACAUAUAGAGUGUAUCUGUAGUUCAGUGUUCAGUGGCAGUGACCUUGUACUAACGUAAUGCCGCUGCCGCCGCAUGUGUAUAGUAUCGACACCUACUUUUCGGGUGAUGCUUCCCCCUAUCUAUAGGUAGAAACAUCCCCACAAAUUCAGAAUAUAUUGGUUACAUAAAGCUUUACAUAACUGGAAAUACCUCAAGGCAGAGCAAACUAUAUUAUUAAGGCAAAUGCAUUCCAAGUUAAUUUAUUUCUGUGCCAUUUUGUAAUAUUAAUAAACUUACUGGAUAAACAAAAUACUGUGAAUUAUUUUCUGGGGGUGCACGGCUGUAGCUCUUCAACUGGCUAAACUGCAGCCACCCAGGUCCACUGACUAGGAUAUCUUUGUCAAGUAAAUAUAUUGUAUACCAUAUUAAAUCUAAGGUAUGCCCCCUUUUAAUUAAUACCCUGAUUCAAAUACCAUUUGGAGAACAAACACAUGCUAUGUACUGAAAGUUGACCAUUCACAAAAUCUUUGGGUUGACUUGGUUUCAGUUCCCAGUGUAAGUACAUUUAUUAUAUCUCGGUGCUUCAUAAUGUUAAGGAAAAGCCAUAGCAACUCUAUAAAGAUGGUAAAAGAAUGGAUCUCUCAUGCUGAGAUCUUGUCAUAAGUUUAGGUGUGGUCAUUUAAUAUGACCAGCAACAGCUUAUACAUGUAAAAGAGUUGAACUAUUUAGUUAGAACAAAACUCAGUUUGGGCAACAGCAUGUAUUAAAUAGGUUCAUUAAGAAAUGUUUUAUUUGGUUGUCAAUAAUUUAUGAAAGUAAGAGAGUAGAUUAUUUAGUCUGAAUAUAACUCAAGUUUUGGCAACAACAUGUAAUACUUGUAAUAGGUUUGGUAAGAAAAACAAUGUAUUUGGUUAUCAAUAAUUUAUAGAAGUUACAGAGUUAUUAUUUAGACAAAACAAACUUUAUUAUGAUUGGCAGCAACUUGUGCAUGCAACAGAAUUUAUUACUAUUAGGGAGGUUUUUCUUAGUUUGGUAUGAUUUCAGUAAAGGUUCAUCAAUACUGUUACCAUUUUGGAUAAUAUCAAAGUAUACAGCCGCAGUGCAGGUUUAUAUCUGAAAAUGUAAGAUUACUGUGGAAUCUAGAAAUGAUGGUUUCCAAGGAACAAAUAAGUAACUGCAGGAAGGUCAUUGAGUUAUCUCCCUCUAUUGGUGGCAUUAAUGUUGUGUAAAGCUUGGUGCAUUUUGUUAUAUAUUGAGAUACUAAAUGCUGUUAAACUUGUCAAUUGUUGAUAAAGGACAAUAUUAUUCAUUGACAAAACCAUCACUGAUUGACUUAUACAAAUCAGUGUGAAAAUGUUAUGGUUACUUUGUCUCAAUACUUUUGGUGACUUCUUUAGUCUGAAUUGUAGCAUAACUCUUGCAGUCAUAUCAUAGUGGUUGAAAAGGAAGGUAUGAAAAUGUUGGAGUCAAAUUCUAAGUUUCAAAAAGGAAAAGUCAAGAGAAUGUACAUGUAUUUAUGACUAUUUGAUAACAAAAUGUAAAAAAAAAAUGUUUUAAUUGUUGAACAAUAACCAAGAUUUUUAUUGCUGAUAUUUAGAAGUGACAUAAAUACACCUUAAUCAUCUUAGAGUAGAAAAUGAAAACAAAUUCUAUAUUUGUUUUUUACCAGUAUAUUGAUAAUUGAUUAUUUUUAUACUUCAAUUCAGUUUAGAUGUAAAUGACAAAAUCAUUAAGAUAAAACAAAAAUAAGUAUUGGGUGUUAGAUAGGACCUAAGCAUCUGAAGUUAUCUAAACUUAAUGACAGAAUCUCAGUUCAGUGGAUAGUUUAUGUAUAGUUGGAGUGAAAACUAUGAUUUUCUUUGUGUGUAUGAAUACUAAAUAUUGGCACGGUCACAUUAUCUCGUAGACUUAAAUAAUCUUCAAAUUUGGGGGAAAAAACAAGGACUGCAUUGUAUUAUUACUUUAAUAUUUGAUUUUUCUGUACAAGCAGGCCUGUAUCCAGAGACUGUUCAGUGGGUUGUUUGCACAUUCACACACACACAUAUACACACAUGUAUAGGCACACAUGCAUACACAUAUGCAUACACACACAUGCACAUUAAGAUAAAAAUUGAAACGGCAAUUUAGGUCCACAUUUUUAAACAAAAAAGAUAAUUGUUUACUGUUAAAAAAAAGUUAAAGUUGUUAUGUUUAAUGACACCACUAGCUGUUCAAGAUCAACUUUUACCAUAAAAUACUCUCACCCACACCACUCCAUAAAAACAGAUCCUGCUUGUAUAGUCAACAUAUUUUUUUUUUAAAGAUCAACUGGCAUGUGUGUGGUAUUCAAUACUCAGUAGUAAGGGAAUAAAAAAUUAUUUUCAGUACCUAUAGUCUACCUUGCUAACAAGGCCACUGUUUAUCACAACCACCUAUAAAUAGAGGAAACAUGAUGAUGUCCUACGGUACACAUAUAUUUUAGGCUGUAUAUAAAGACCACUUUUUAAAUGCCACUUUUUGUAGUUCAUUUGGGUGGCCUUUAUAGACGGGUUUCAAUGUUUUCUCAAUUGCAUUUUUUUCAUGUGACCAAGCCAAUAUAAUGUGUUUUUUUGAAAUUUUUUUGAAUUUUUAAAGUGAUAUUCCAAUUAAUGCCAAAGAUCUGAGUAUUUCAAUGCUACUUUCAUGGAAGGCAGCUUUUUGAAAUAUUUUACUAUGAAUGACAAAGUCGUACAUUUGUUUGGGGCUUUUUUUUUUCUUUUUCUUUUAAUUGGACCCUCGCUUUUUGAAGUGUGUUUGAGGAAUGCGGAAUUCUCUGUUCCAGGUCAGACAGCACGACAAUCAGAGUGAGAGUAUAGACUAGUACAGCACACUUGAACAUAUUGCUUUAUAUUUAUAUAGGACAAGACACAACAGUUUGCAGUUUCCGUUCUGCUUGAAGGCAGCAAUGUGUGUUAUGUUAUAUAAAGACACACAUUGAUGCACUGACAUUUUAAAUUGCAGCUUCAUUAAAAGAUGACCAGUCAUCAGGUUUUGGCACCAAGUUAUAUAUUCUGUAUUUAACUAGUCAACCUGAGCAAUCAAGAAACGUUUCAUCACUGUAUACUAGUAGAACUUAAGAGACUUAAUAAAGUAAAACCCCUCUAAAAUGGACACCUAUGGGUCCAAGUAAAACGUCUGGUUUUAAGGGGUAUAUGGAUUGGAGAAAUUGUGUUCUUUACUAAUAUUUUAAAAAGGAACAGUGAAAACUGUCUGUGUUUUGAGAGAAUUUGAGUUUACUGAGGGUCCGGGUUUGAAGGGUUUCACUUUAGUAUGUAAACAUUAGCUGUUCUUUUGUUUAUGUAACAGCAAAUGAUGAUGAUCACAAAUAAUAUUCAUGCUUAUACCCAGUUAUGGUUGAAGCAUGAUGUUCUGGUCAUACCACUUGGUUACCUGCACUGUGGGUCCAGGACAAAGAUUAGAGACAGAAAUCUGUAGUUGAUGCAUGGGCUGUUCAAUAACUGUUUUAUAUGCACUUUCCAAUGAGACAUACUAUCAUGUGGCUCAAACUUCUUCACUGAUCAAUCAAUCAGUCAUUUGACACAUGCUUAUAUCCUCUGAACAUUCAAGAACAUCUCUCUUAAGCACAUUCUCCAAAUUUCCUGGCAGAUGUGUUCACUGAGCAUUGCAGUUGUUGUUUAGAGCCUGUGUCAGAAUACAAACCCAGACAUUCAGUUCAGUGCUGGUAGGUAGGCACUGGGCCAGUAUCUACCAGCAUUGAACUGAAUGUUCGUCACCAUUUUGACACCGAGUCUCAUACUGUAAUGAAGUCUAUACCUUUGGUGCCAAAAUCUAUUGACCAGUCUCAUUAAACUGCAUUCAGCGCAGAAAAAUAACUCCAUAUGCAUGUAAUUCACUUAGAAAAUGUUAUUUAAAUGGAAAAUAAUGAGAGAGCAAACAGAAUUAUUUAUACAAAGCAUAUAUAGUAUAUAUCAGUAUACAGAACAGACAGAAACAGUUAAUAAUGUUUUGCAGUUUUGUUUGUAAAUUAUUUUCAAGAGUUUUUGCCUUUCUUCAUGACAGUUUGUGGUAUUAGGAAUAACAUGUGCAGUAUUCUCUGUCAUGACAUUUAAUAACUUGACAUAUUAACUAGAGAACUGUGACAUAGAUAUAUGCAAAUUUGCUUAUAUUCCUUUAAUUACCAGGACUUUUAUUUUAGUUUUUAAAAAAGUGCUUUUUUUUUUCUCCAAAAUCAUGGAUCUGUCAAUUUCUUUAAAAAAUACCUCAUUUCAUAUAAUUGUUUGUUUGCUUGUUGGUUUUGUUAUGCUUUUGAUGUUGCAGCUAUAUGGCAGAUUUUUUAAAAAGCAGAUCAUCAGAAACUUCACCAUGUCAAACAAUUUGAAUAGGUAAUUAUAUGUCUGUUCAGAAUACUGAAGUGUAAGUGUGUGUGUGUGUGUUUGGUGAAAGGUGUAAAAAGAUGUUUGAAUCUAUUCAAAUAAACUAUUGUUAUUUUGUCUGUACUGUUGGUAUAUUAGUAUGGGUGUGUGUAUGAAGAUUUUUCAGGUGUAUCUUUUCAUUUAAAAAACAUACUUGUUAAAAUGUGUAAAAUUUGCUCGAAACCUGUAAAUGAGUGAUGAAGAUUGAGGUAAUAAACAUACUUACUACGCAUACAAUUGUACAAAACAAAA